GUCUCAUUCCUUCUAUACCUGUUUUCCAUGUACCAUGAAUUCUAUCAAUGACUUUACAAAUUUCUGCAAAAGACUGGAGGGGUUUAUUCAUGUUUUUCAAAGCGGAGAUCCCGAUCCCUUAAGCUUUAUGCAUAAAAAGCAGUUGAAUGCUUGGAAAGCUUUGCUGAAUAAUGAAUUAACCGGAAAAUCAAAGACACAGAUACAUGUACGAGAAGUUGCACGGAAUUUUGCGUCGAAAAUCCGUAAAGUAGCAGGCAAUGAGACCCUCUUUCUUACCGUUCUCAUAUAUGCUAUCUCGCGUGUUCCAAAGAUUACAUACGAGACAUUCUACGCGGAUCUGACGAAAUGGUCAGAAUCUACGCAUUUCCCAAAGUCGCUACAUGAUCAAGCCUCUAGCCUUUGGAAUGAACCAGGCAACCGACCGAGUGUGCAGCAAGAAGCCAACAACCAUCGUCUAUCUUCUAGGACGACAGCUCAAACAACUGGCGAUGCUCAUCUUCGAAAUCCGACAACUACCAACGAAGAGAUUGAAUCUCGAAUUGCACCAAACAAACCACUUGAGAUAGCCUUUCUUGUCCCCCCUGAUUCGCUUGAUGCUUUCUACAAGCUGCACAAGGAUUCACUGGCCUCUCAGCAACAUUCUGCGAUCCUUACGAUCCCUACCCAAGAUCGCGUUGCUUCACUUGUCCUGUCCAUUCCGCGAACAGAGGCAGUAUCGCAAGGCGACAGGUUCGGCCUGCCCAUGAUAUUCAAUUCUGAGUCUCCUUCAGUGUAAUCGAUUUUGUAUCCACCAUCAUCGCCUCGAAAGCACAAUUCUUCGGGACUUUGCCUAUAAAUGUACCCUUUUCGUUAUAUUUAUCCCAUAUCAUGGUAGUGGUGCCCGCUUCGUAUACCCUAAUGCAGCCUAGGAAUUGUUUCGAUUGCUGAGGACGGAAAACGAUUAGACGAUCAGCUGGGUGACCUGGUAUUAUUUUUAUUGUAUGCGACGUCCAUUGGCUGUCAACUUCGAUUUGGGAUUCCUGAAAUCUUGCGUCUAACUGAAUACCGAUCAAUCAGAACAAGCGAAUCCAUUAUAAAAAGAAAAGAGAAAACGUGGUGACGAACCUUUAUAGCAUUCUUACAAAUCUCGUUAUCUUCUUCCGUGCUGAGUGGUAUCUCUAAGCAGUAUUUAUUCGUAGUCGUGGCCAUUGUGGCUAUCAUCGACGUGCAAGGCAAAUUCUUAUAUACCGGAUCUUCGUUAAUUCUCUUUGUAGCGAAGUGAAUAAUGUAGAUGAUGUCUUGAUGUCUUCGCAGGUAAAAUUUAACUCAUUCCCGAAGAUUUUCCUGGAUGUGGUUGACGUGGGGCGAAGCCCCUCCUAGCACACGAUACCUCUAUUAUUUGGGCACCAAGCAAUGCCUAAUAUCAUCAUAGCCU